AUGAAGAAUUUUUUGAUCUUUUCUGUUUUUGCUGGAAUCAGCCAGGCGAUGUUUCCAAGAAGUCCGACGAGGGGAGAUGCUGGAAACUUUAAUCCAUGGAACUACGUUUAUGAAGAUGGCAUGUCAGACUCUUUGAUGAACGACUACGGCGAUUCCGAUCCAAUGCGAUCUUCUUCAAAAUUCAAGCCCUACAUGAACUUCCUCGAAACAUGA